CCAGCAUUCCCCGGGCUGGCCUGUGUGUGCCACGUAAGAAGCUGCCGCUGCAGUGCGUUGUGUCACCGGGAGCGUCCAAGACAGGGGGUCACCGCCUGAGGGGGGUGCGACAUGGGGGGCAUGCAGAGUGUGGAGAUCCCCGGAGGAGGAACAGAGGGGUACCAUGUCUUACGGGUACAAGAGAACUCUCCUGGACACAGAGCUGGGCUUGAACCUUUCUUUGACUUCAUUGUUUCAAUAAAUGGCCUUAGACUGAAUAAGGACAAUGAUACGUUGAAAGAUCUGCUAAAAGCAAGUGUCGAGAAGCCUGUGAAGAUGGUGGUGUACAGCAGCAAGACCCUGGAACUGAGGGAGACGACAGUGACGCCCAGCAAUAUGUGGGGAGGACAAGGCUUGCUGGGAGUCAGCAUAAGAUUCUGCAGCUUUGAAGGGGCUAAUGAGAACGUAUGGCACGUGCUGGAAGUGGAACCAAACUCCCCGGCAGCAUUAGCUGGUUUGAGGCCCCAUACAGACUACAUCAUAGGAGCAGAUACAGUCAUGAAUGAGUCAGAAGAUCUGUUUUCCCUUAUUGAGACUCAUGAAGGAAAGCCUUUGAAGCUGUAUGUGUACAACACGGACACCGACAACUGCAGGGAGGUGGUCAUCACUCCAAACUCUGCAUGGGGUGGAGAAGGCAGCUUGGGUUGUGGCAUCGGGUAUGGCUAUCUUCAUAGGAUACCCACUCGGCCAUUUGAAGAAGGAAAGACAAUCUCUCUGCCAGCACAGCACUCUCCAGGGGCUCAUGUGAGUCCUCUAAAGGACGGUUUUACAGAGGUCCAGUUGUCUUCUGUGAACUCUCCUCCUACACUACCUGUUGGAACUCCGGGAAUUGAAGCAAGUCUUUCUGGACUGUCCCUCUCCUCUAAUUCACCUGCAGCCACUAGUGCUCUUACCUCAGGUUUACCCACAGUUCCCGUAUUAACCCCACAAAUGAAUCAUUCCCUCGCCUCUCUUCCUCUAAACCCAGCAGUCUCUUUGCCAGGUCUCAUGCCAUUAUCCACUGGACUCCCCACAUUACAGAAUCUCCCCAGUCUGAACAUGCCCGCUCCCCACCUCAUCCCACGGCCGGGACUUCCAGACUUGACACACAUGUCCCAUUUGCCAGCCCUUGGCCAACUGCCACCACUGAACCUGGCAGGUCUGCCUCCCCUCUCUAUAAACCCUCAGUUCUCUGCAUUUCCCCUGGCACCUCUCUCUGGUGAUCUUGCCCCAUCCCUGCUGGACCACAUCUCUGCACCCCUCACAGAAAACUUCACAUCUACGGGUGAAGAGCUGGGCAUUGCGGACCUUCCGCCAACGGAGAAAGUUACUGUCAGCAGCACAGAAGCAACAGUUACAGAGUCUUCAUAACAAGGAUCCGGGCUGGCUUAGUGUAUUUAUUCAGCCGCACAAUGUGUUUCCAGAUGCAAACAGUCAUUACUUUCAUACUAGUUUGUACCUAUUUAGGAGAUCUGUAAAUAAAGAGAAGAGAAAUUUAGGUAUGAAGAAGUAAGGUGACUGAAGGUGAAAAUUACAGGUGGGAGAAUUGCCAAACUUCGGCACAGAUGUAAAUUAUUUUAGAGUUAACAAGUUACCAGAAGGCAUCUUAAAUAAAGGGUUACGGCACGUGCACUCUAAAUAUGUGUAUGGUUUCUGUGUCACCCACCCUGCAGGGCAGCGAUUCACUGCUAUCUAUUGCUGUAAGCCAGUACUAUGGAGAAGCUGCGUUACUCUGAGAGCUAUCUGUACAUGACGUGUAAGAGAAGAGCUAUCUAUAAAUGUUACCAUUUUAAACGAAAGCGUUAAAGAGCUGCGAUAUAAAUACAGCAAUAAAUUACUGGAAUUUUACACUA